AUAAAGUGAAAAUUAAAAAAUCGACCUCUAAUCUAAUUAAUGACGAAUCGAAUAAAAACCAAAGCCACAGUUCAGAACAAUCAACGCACAAAUGACUUUUUUUAUAUCGUUCAGCAAAAAACUUUUUACCACUAAUCUAAACGAUUAUCAAACUAUCGGUUCGAUCAAUGCUCCAAAUGAUACAUUAUAUCGAACGAUUUUCAAACCACUUCAAAUAACUUGCUUAUUACGACGUAUCAAUCUAAUUGAUUCAAAUCUUGAUCUUUUAGAAAAUGAGAACGAUAUUGACAAGAUGAUUGAACAUCCUAACAUAAUCGAAAUGUUUGUUAGUUUUAUACAGAAUGAUAUGCUUUAUACGAUAUUUCCUUACUCAGAAUAUUCAUCGGUCGAUAUACUUUGUAAACCGUUUGGACUUGAAGAAAAAGUUAUUUUAUUCAUAUUACAAGAUAUAUUAAAAGCUGUUGAUUAUCUACACCGUAAUAACAUUGUCCAUCGAGCCAUAAAAGGUUCACAUGUAUUGAUUUUUGGACAUUGGAAAACAUCAAUCAAAUUUGUUCUUUCUGGUCUCAAAUAUUCGUGUCAUGUUGAUACGGUUGAUGAACUGAAACUAUUCAAAUAUCCAAAAAAUGCUUCCAGUUUAUUAACAAGUUUAGCACCUGAAGUACUUGAACAAAAUAUUCUUGGUUAUACUUUCAAAUCGGAUAUCUAUUCAUUGGGAAUUCUGUGCUGUGAAUUAGCAAAUGGUGUUGUACCAUUUGAUAAUAUGUCAUCGGAUGAAUUAUUAUUCUAUAAAAUUAUUGGCGAUAUUCCUAAACCAUUAGAUUCAUCGUGUGAAGAGAUGAACAUUUUUAACGAACUAAUGGAUCGUUUAGAGCUUACAUUGAAACGUCGUUAUCAAGUUUAUAGACAACGAACUUUUAGUUCAAUAUUUCAUGAUUUUACACAAAAAUGUUUACAUUUAGAACCAGUACGUCGUCCAACGGCCAUGAAUUUAUUGGAACAUCCUUUUAUCAGCAGAAAUAAAGAACAAGAUAACAAUUUAAUACAAAAAAGAGAUGAAAUUUUAAAAGAAUUUUUUUCAUCUAAAUUUUAAAAAAUUCAAUUUAUUCAUAAAAAACGUUACAAAAUCAAAAUAAAUUC